UCAUCAUUCAAGAGUGAUAAGUAAUGGAGUUAUUUUUGGGUUCUGAUUGUGAAAAGACAAACAGAAUGAGAAGUUCUUGGCACAGCAUUGUUGUUCUUGUUGGAUUGCUUCUAGUACUCAAUUUGGCAGCAUUUUUGGCAGAAUUGUCACAAGAAACUGUGAGAAGAAGCGCGAACGAGUGCCUGAUCACCCUCGGAGUCAAGUUCCUAAACUUCUGCAUUGCCAAAUCCACGCAGUUCAGAUAUGCCGGUCCUCUGCAAGCUCACCAGCCACUCGUGUUUUGGUACACGCUGGCGCGGUCUGUCUCGUCUCUGUAUUCAUAGAACACCAUCAUCACCUGCUGGACCAAGAACAAGUAGAGUUACAUUGCAAACAUAUGAACCAUUUGGAUCUUUAUCCAAUCUUUUCAGCAUUCAAUAUGUAAAUAUCUCCAAAAUGUCAGUGAAACGGCAGACUCUGUUUAGUGCAAAUCACAUGAUUAAAA